AUGUCCACCGCCGGCGAAGUGACGAGCCCACGCGUGAGCAUCGACGAGGCGCUGGCGCAGCACGCGGGGGAGUUCGGCCGGUGGCAGUUGCGGCACUUCGUGCUGGUGUCGGCAGCGUGGACGCUGGAGGCGAUGCACACCAUGGUGAUGAUCUUCGCGGACCGUGAGCCGAACAUGGCGUGCGCCGCUGUGGAAAGGCGGUGCGGCGACCGGUGCGAUGGCUCCGGCGCCGGAUGGGACUGGGUCCAGGGGAGCGCGUCCUCGACGGUGGCCGAGUGGGGCCUCAUCUGCGGCGAGCGGUACAAGGUCGGCCUCGUCCAGGCCAUCUUCUUCGUUGGAUGCAUGAUCGGCGCGGGCGUGUUCGGGCACCUCUCCGACUCGUUUCUGGGUCGGAAGGGCUCCCUGGUGGUGCUGUGCUUCCUCAACGCCGUCUUCGGCCUCGUCACCGCGUUGUCUCCAAACUACUGGGUCUACGCUACACUGCGCCUUCUCACGGGCUUCAGCACCGGCAGCGUCGGCCUCUGCUCCUUCGUCCUAGCCACGGAGACCAUCGGGCCUUCCCGCCGUGGUGUCGUAGGCAUGUCUACCAUGUACUUUUUCUCCGGCGGCAUCGCGGCCCUCGCCGGCGUCGCAGUGAUGUUCCAGUCCUCCUGGCGCAUCCUCUACGUCGUCACCUCUCUUCCCUCCCUCGCCUACGUGCUCAUCGUCAUGCCUUUCGUCGCCGAGUCCCCUCGGUGGUACCUCGUGCGUGGGCGCGCCCACGACGCCAUGCGCGUCUUGCGCGCCAUCGCGUCCACCAACGGCAGGUGCAUCCCCGAGAAUGUCACACUCAAGCUUGACAGCGAGGGUGAGGCGGCCGAGCUCCACGCCGGCGGCAAGGAGCCGUCUUCGUCUUCAGGUACAAUCCUAGAUGCAAUCCGGUCACCAACGACGCGGGCGAGGCUUGUGCUCACGGUGAUCAUCAACUUCCUUUGCUCGGUAGUCUACUUCGGGCUGAGUCUUAACGUGGUCAACCUAAAGACCAAUCUUUACGUCAGCGUCGCUGUGAACUCGCUGGCCGAAAUGCCAGCCUACUUCCUCACCGCUCUGCUCCUCCGUCAUUUGGGCCGUAAGCCACUAGCCAUUGGCACGAUGCUUCUUAGCGGGGUCUCAUGCACCGCCGGCAGCCUCAUCGUAGGCGCCGGUAUGAAUAGGGUGCUGAGGAUGGUGUUCGGGGUGGUGGGGAUCUUCGGGAUGGCGGCCACAUACAACCUGCUCGUCGUAUUCACCGCAGAGCUCUUCCCAACGGCUGUGCGGGCCGCGGUGCUAGGGUGCACCACGCAGGCAUCGCAGAUGGGUGCCAUACUAGCGCCCCUAGUGGUGGUGCUAGGGGAGCGGCUGCCCUUCAUAGUGUUCGCCGUGUCCGGGAUCGUAGGCGGGUUGCUCGUUUUCUUCCUCCCCGAGACGAUGAACAAGCCCUUGUAUGACACCAUGGCCGGCUUGGAGAAAGGGGAGAGAGCAUCUAUAAGAUGUGAAGACACCCAAACCUGA